UUCCUUAGCCCGAUCUCCUCCAAGCUAGGCAGCCAAGUGAGGUUGUCCGUCUCUCGCUCGCCCGAUCUCUUCCUCCUGCCUUCCCUCUCGUCUAUUUCAUGGCGAACAACAAGGAUGCCGAGCUCGAGACACCACUUCUCAUGCCGGAGGAGGAGGAAGGAGGACCAACGGCCCCGUUGCUGGAACAAGGAUCACCGGAGCUGACACCACGUCCACGGCUCCCACCACCCAAGUUUGGGGAGCUCAUCACGGUGUUGAGCAUCGAUGGCGGCGGGAUACACGGGCUCAUCCCGACGGUUGUCCUCAAAUGCCUCGAGGAAAAGCUCCAAGCGAUUGACGGGGAAGAUGCCCGGAUAGCGGACUACUUCGACGUGAUCGCAGGCAUGAGCACGGGCGCCAUCAUCGCAACAAUGUUGGCGGCGCCAAACACGAACAAACGGACAAAGUACACUCCUCGGGAAAUCCAGGAUUUCUAUGUCAACAACGGACCUAAUAUCUUCCCUUCCAAGAGGUGGUGGCGGCGGCCGCUGGACCUGCUAAGCGCGUCGCGGGGGCCCAAGUACGAUGGCACGUUCUUGCAGAAAAACAAGAUCAAGGAAGUCAGCGGUGAGCACACCCUGAGCAAGCUCACGGCGCCUACGUUCGACGCCAAUAGUCUCGAGCCUCUCAUCUUCUCCUCGUUCCAGGAUGCCAAGCAAGAACUAGUUGAAGAGGCCGGACCAGAACUGCCGGAUGUCAGCAUUGGCCCGCCAUCGACGGCCACGCCAACCUACUUCCCAGCACACUACUUUGAUAUCUGGGUCAGUGACAUGGAGCAGUCGAAAUACCACCUCAUCGACGGCGGCAACAACCCCACAAUGGCUGCCAUAUCCAAGAUCACCAGGGAGCAGCUUCUCAGGAAUCCGGAGUUCCACCCCAGCGGCGUGGAUUAUAUGAAAUACCUGGUUAUCUCUGUAGGCGCAGGGUGUGCAGUGCACGAAAAUGUGCCGGCCAAGCGGGGCGCCUUCAACUGGUUUCACAGCAGGCGCAAUAGCCACCGCCCGGUCACCGACUCCUCCUUGCACGCCAGCACCGUGUUGGCCGACUGGCAGGUUCGCAUGCUCUUACACAAUGGCAACCGCGUGCGGAAGCAGAACUACCUCCACAUCCAGGCUCCGGCACCGUUGUUCGGGGAGGCCAUUUUGCCAAUGGACAACGCGACAUCGAAGACCAUGGCUGACCUGCUCAACAUUGGCUACAAGUUGUUGGCCGAGAAGGUGGCUAUGGUGGACUUGACCACGGGGAAGUAUGAGACCGUCGAGGACGAGAAUGCACCCACCAAUGAUGCAGAGCUCCAGCGCUUCUCCGAGCUUCUAGUCGACGAGCGCAAUCUGCGCCUUAAGGAACACCAACGACAACGACAAGGAGAAGAACAGAACGGGGUUCAUUUGCUUAACAUUAUUGAAUGAUCAAUAAUAUAUAUUUAUCGAUCCACCAACUCACGACCUUAAGGAACAACAACGACGACGACAAGGAGAAGAACAGAACGGGAUUCAUUUGCUUAACAUUAUUGAAUGAUCAUUGUCGAUCCACCAACUCAUGACCCAUAUCAUGGAAUCUAGAUCAUUGACCCAGCCAACCAAGCAAAAGUUUGUUAUGACUCGAUUAGGAGAAGUAAACUAUGAUGAGAAUAUCAGAAGGAUACAAAUCUUUAUGUCCCAUCGAGGGUACAUGGAAGAGGGGUGUGCGAGGAGACCCGAUUGCCCUCUCAGCUUCGGUGGCCACCGUGGAUGUGGAGUGGAUGGCGCAGCUAAGGGCGCCGCUCCUCCUCCAGUGGCCAACCUCCCAUAUCAUGCAACCACAAGUAUGAUUGAGUGUUGCACUGUUGCUAAUUGAUCUUAUCAUAUGAUCAUUG